CUUGCAAAAAAACAAACACCCCUUAUUUACACCCAUGACACGUAGAGAAGACAUAUCUCCCGUUUUGAAUAGAUCUCGUCGUCGGUAGCCACCGAUCAUCGUCGUCGUAGCCAUGGCUUCGAGGGUAAAAUCGCUUUUCCAGAACCUAAAGCGCUUCGCUAAGGCGCCCUGGAACAUCACCGGACCUCAAUCGAGCCCGGAGUACAUGUCCGCCCUCCCGAGGGCGACGGAGUACCGUGUUUUCUGUCCCGCCACCGUGCCAGCUAAGGCCAUCGUGCCGUCGUCUAAUCCCGAAACCGUCUUCGACAUCAAAUACUUCUCCCGCGACCAGCGGCGCAACCGCCCCCCUAUCAAGCGGACCGUCCUGAAGAAGGACGAUAUCGUGAAGAUGAUGAAGGAGCAAACAUUUGAUGUCAACGAUUUCCCAAAACCGUACUUAACUGCUAAGGUUGAGGAGGACUAUAACGCAAUUGGUGGAGGCUAUCAGAAAUGAGGAUUGUGAUGUUCAGACCUCCUCUUGCUUUUAAUAAAGUGUAGGCUUUCAUUGCAGCCUUCCCUGCCGUGUAUUUACUAUCCGGCUUGCUGCCUCUUGUUUCAACUCAAAAGUGUUCUUUCCCAUUGUUCAAAACAUUUGUAAUUGGAACCCAUCUACUUGCAGACUGUAAUUUUUCUUUUGGCCCUUUUACUUCUCUGGGGGUGUUGUAAACUGAUUCAUAAACUAAGAUUUCAAUUUCAAAACACCGUGUUCUUAUACCCCNUAUUGGAAAUUUCCACUC